CGAAUCGUAUAUCAAAACAAAAACGAAUACAUAUUUGCACUUGUACGUCCAAGUGUUUCCAUCUCACGCCGUGCGAAGCAAAUCGCACAAAACUAAGGCAAAGACCCCCUAAAAUACCACUUUUUGCAGUUAUACCGACCACGCUUUUGACCACCCACAACUACCAACAGGGUAGAUGUUGAACGGCUGGCGCUAUGACGUCAUCCACUGGAUUUGCACUCGCUUGUGUCGAUAUACAAAAAAAAGUAUUCACUUGUAUUUCACUUUCUCCGAAAUUGGCCUGCACACUUAUUACGGUACACACGAUUGGAGCACGGCUGGGGUAGACGGAUCCGCGCAGACAACCUCAACUAUUGCAUAAACCCACAUGGGCGAUCUUCGCUAUGACCGCGCGUCCGAUCGUUUCAUAUGCUCAUGGCACUGAUCCGCCGCAAACAAAGCUGCUGCACCACGCGCUCACACCAAAACCAUAUCGCGCUCAGCAGCGAAUUCGGCAGCCUACUCCAAAGACUAUGAAUCGUUGGGGCAAAUGGGCACACACGGUUCACAAUGGGCUGGAAGCCGUAACCGUUCGUUGUAUUGCUGCAAGCCUCUCUGCUGUUCCCCGUAAAGCAACUUAUAUCGGGAGAGUGGGUACUCGACCUGCCAUCGUAUAUACCACUGAAAUCUUGUUUGGCGCCGUCUUCGGCCACGGAACUGCAGUCUGGCAACAAGCGGCAGCUGCAAAAUUUGAGAAGACGUGUUUUUGAUAGGUUUUUUUUCCGACGCGUGAUAUCCAAAUCUGUGAUAGUUGAUAGUGAUGUUCAGUGCAUUCAACGGAUAAAAGCAGGAAGUAUGGCGAGUGUCACAAUGGAGGCGUUAGUUUUACUACUUUUCGUUUUACUAGUGAACAGUUGCCAUUCUAUAACUACUAGCAAUGAUAAAAUAGUGACCUCCAGUGGGAACGAACGAGAUACGCAAAGUGUAACGUUUGCCUCGAAUGGAGAAGAUCAGCUAAUAUUCAGAGAUUCGGCGUUUCAAGUUCAAAACGGUGCUUCUAAAAGCAUACAUAAUCCUAUUAGAAGAGCAGAUCAUGAAAAUGGUGCCACUGAGUUCUUUGAAUCGGGCUGGAUGCCGUUACAUAGCAUACGUUUCGGAGGAGGCGGAGAAGGAGGAGAGAGAGAAAUAUCAGAUCAACUAUCUCAGGAAAAUGUGAUUCAGCCGACCGUUCUGGUAGAUCCUUCCAAAAGGACGACAAAGUUUUUACGAUUUUCCGAAUCGGAUAUCAUGCAUGUGCCAAUGGACGAUCCAGUGAUGUCAAUUAGUGAAAACGUGAUCAAAUUUAACGAUGCUUCGUCGGAGGAAGAAUACGAAGAAUAUUCAAGUAGUCUGCAAGAUAGUGAGGAACGCGAGAUACCCCCUUUGGCCAUCAAUCUGACUAGUGUUCUUCCAAGAAUGUUGAAGUUUGAAGAGUCCGAUCGAAUGAAGUUUAAAACAGAAAUGCCAAGCGUGUUGAAGUUUGCUGACGAAAGUAGGAAAAGCAAAAUGCCUCAGGAAGGCUCCCAAAAUUCAGCAAACUAUGAAGUAUACGUAAUUGAGAAUCUAAUGAGAAAUAUGACUGGUUCUUUACGAUUUGAAAAUAUGGAUAUGCAAAGCGGAGCUGCUGCAAAUUAUAACCCAACUAUUCAGAAAGAACAAUCAAAUGUACCACGAAACUCCAGUAGUAGGUUCUUUAGGUUCGAGGAUCAAGAACGACCAAGAAGAGAUAUGCAUCCAGGAGCUAUCAAAUUUCAAGAUAAUAUGCCUCAGAAGGAAGAGUUCAAAUUUCCGAACAGUGAUGUCUCAAGAACUGGUGAAAUGCAUUAUUAUCCAAGCAAUCCUAUUAAAUUUCAUGAAACAGAUAGCAGACCACAAGCGCCGUCUCCAAGUCAAAUGCGAUUUGAGGAAAGUGGUUCGGAACCAUUCAAAUUUGCAGAUAAUACUCCUGCUAAUCCUCAAAUGGACUCCGAUCAAUUUUAUACUGUUAAAGCAACUAUUCAAAUUGGUAGUUGGGAUUCAGCCACUGCAAUCACGCCUCCUAGUAUUCCGGUUACCACAAGAAGACCGAAAAAGAAAAGACCUAAGAUCUAUAACCAACAUUUAUUAGACAUUCGGAAACAGGAUGGGUUUAACUAUCAGCAACCUUCCGAUUACGACAAUUACCUUCAAAUUGCUCAGCAACCUCAGUCACCAUUGAAUCACUAUCCAUCCAAUCCCCAAAUUCCUCCAACUCCUGAAAGUAUACCAAGCAACCCUUACUAUCAAAACCAGGGAACCCCUUACCCUCCUUUCAAUCCAAACAAUUACUACAUCCAAGACUACCUCUCCAAUUAUCCGUAUCCAGCGGUCAGUCCCAAUCAACAGCAAGCUGCCGAAGGUUCAUCGCUUUAUCCAUCUCUGUAUCCCCAACAACCGUAUGUACCGACCAAUCUUAUCUCAGGUGGACAAACUGAUAGUCCUAUAAGUGCACAGAGUAUUUUCGGAUUUCUGCAGAGUAUUUUCAACUUUGCACCAGGAACAUUCGGUAACUAUCAGUCUGUAGGUCAAGCUAGUAACAAUGCCGCAGCAGGUGCACCGCAGUCCAGCGCGGAACCGAACUCCUCUCCCAUCAUGGCAGUCAGCACACAGUUGCGCAAAGCGCUAGAUAAUAUCGCUGGGAAUGACGAACUUCAGUGCGUCCCGAAGCUCAUCUGUAUGAUGUCCCGAAGAAGCAGUGGGCAGGGUUUCAGUACCUACGUGAAUCGAGGAUUGUUGAGCACAGUUCUCAGUGCCGUUCCCGAUAGUUCGCCAUGGCUUAAAUUCUCUCGAGCAGCACUGCUCGGAUACGGUAUAGGAGCCAACAGCUGCGACGUGUACUAUCCCAAAUGUCCGAAGGACGAGUCGGAGAUUAUCUACUAUUUAAACAACCACCGUGGUGGUUUUUUCCGUUUCUUCAACGAUGAGCAUAGCAACGGGAACAAAGGUUGAAAGUCGUGCCAAUUUAAAGUAAACACUCGACUAACACAAUUGUAUGAUAGAAUGGGAGAAAGUGUGAUAAUUUAUUACU